CCUCCUCUCCCGAAAGCGCUCCUCGGGUAGACGGGCGGGGACAGUGGCCGCCAGCAGCCGGCACGCCACCCCCCGCGCUCGAAACCCCCCGGGAUUCCCCAUCCUGCCGCCGGCCUGAGCGCGCCCAUCGUGGAAGCCGCGGGGAGCGGCGCCCAGCAGCCGCGUCGGGGCAGGCACGGGCAGGGCUGCGAGCGGGGAGCGGAGCACGGGGCUCUCCCUUGGCCAGGCGGGCGGGAGCCGCUCCGCGCCGAGCGAACCGCGCUAAGCACCGCAUGGCGCGGCUGCACAUGGCGCGGCCCCGCUCGGCGGCGAGGUCUCGCUGCGGGAAGCGGAGCGGAGCCAGCCCCCGAGGGGAAACGCCUGCGCCCGAAGAAAAGGCUGCCCGGAGCCGGCCCCCGCCUCGCCGCGCCGCCCGGAGCCGGAGGCGCCCGGAGGGAAAAGUUGCGUGCGGGGCCGGGCCGGGCGCGAUGCCGGGGCGCGGCGUGCUCUGCCUGGGGCUGCUGCUGCCCGUCCUGCUGGGCUGCGGCUCGGCACAGCCCGCCGGCUGCCCGGCCCUCUGCGAGUGCUCGGAGCCGGCCAAGACGGUGAAGUGCGUGAACAAGAACCUGACGGCGGUGCCCCCCGACCUGCCUCCCUACGUGCGCAGCCUCUUCAUCACCGGCAACCCCCUGACCCGCCUGCCGGCCGGCGCCUUCCCCGCCCAGCGCCUGCCCGACCUCGCUUCCCUCAACCUCAGCGGUAACCACCUGCGGGACGUGGAGGCCGGAGCCCUCGCCCUGCCCGCCCUGCGGCAGCUGGACCUCGGCGGCAACCCGCUGGUCUCCUUCAGCCCGCAGGCCUUCGGGGAGGGCGGCAGCCCGCUGGAGGAGCUGGCCCUCCGAGGGGCCCUGCGCGACCACGGCGUCCUGCUCAGCCUGGCCGCCCUGCUGCAGUCCGGGGCCCUGCGCAACCUCAGCCGCCUGGAGCUGGCCGACAACGGGCUGCUGCUGCUGCCCGCCGGCAUGUUCACUGCCCUGCCCGCCCUGCGGCAGCUGGACCUCAGCAACAACUCCCUGGUGGGCCUGCGAAAUGUCUCUUUCCAGGGGCUGGGCCAGCUGCAGAGCCUCAACCUCAGCGACAACUCCCUGAGUGUGCUAUGGAACAGCACCCUGGUCCAGUUCCGUAGCCUGCCCGCGCUCCGGCACAUCGKCCUGGGCCACAACACCUGGGUCUGUGACUGUGCCAUCGAGGACCUGGUGGCCUGGCUCAAGGAGAGCGACCAGGUGGAGGGCAAAGAAGCCCUGACCUGUGCCUCUCCUGACAAGAUGUUGGGCAAAGCCCUGCUGAAGAUCAACAGCUCGGACCUCAACUGUUCCGUGCCCAUAGAUCUGCCUUCCCAAUUACAGACUUCGUAUGUCUUCCURGGGAUAGUCUUGGCUCUCAUCGGGGCCAUAUUCCUCCUAGUUUUGUACUUGAACCGAAAAGGAAUCAAAAAGUGGAUGCAUAAUAUCAGAGAUGCCUGUAGGGAUCACAUGGAGGGCUACCACUACAGAUACGAGAUCAAUGCAGACCCCAGGUUAACAAAUGUCAGCUCCAACUCAGAUGUCUGASGAAAUGCCCCGGAUGCAGGGCAGUGCAAAGUACCUAUGCAUGAAAAGAAGACUURUGCUUUACCCUCAUGCUUGCUUCCAUCUCCCCUGAAAAGUCUCAGACAUGCUUGUMACUUGAGGGGCAUAUGCCUCCCUGUGAUGUCAAGUUCAUUUUUGUUUUGAGACACUGGACAGCUGAGCAUGCUGUUCAGCUGUAUGUAGGAAACAAGCUGCUACUUAUUUUCCUCCUUACCUGUCUGCACUUGCGGGAAAUUUCUUUUUUGACAUUGCAAAAGGGAAAAAAGGAUUCUCUCUGAUGAUSCAAAGCCACCAGAGUUUAUGAAACGUUUACUGAUGCAGACACCAUUCAACAAAAGCUGCCUCAACUUUCUGAGAAGAAAAUGUUUCUCUGUGCCAGUUUUGAUCGUGUAUAUCUGAAUUGAGAUGCGAUGAUUACAUUUCUUCGACUAUCUUGAGAUUUUAAAAACCAAGCAAACUCCUUUUAACAGCUCUUCAGAAGCAAAUCAAAUAGCAAGCAUGCACAAAUACUGUAUAAUUUUACAUGUUAGGAAAUGUACAAUCUCAGUAAGUCUUACUAUUUUGUAGGUAUUUUUGAUUGCAGUUUAUGUGACUUGACAGAAUUUUUUAUACAAACUGCAUCUAAACUCCAUCGAAACUCAAUCUGAACUGUUAAAUUCAAUAAACAGUCUUACAUGAACUUUGUGUUUGCUGUUCAAUGAURAAGUUUGGACAUCUAAUAAUGUGACUAGUACUAUAGUCCCUGAAGUAAUAGCCCUGCAGUAGUAAUAUUAAUAAAAUUUUUAUAUAAAUGUGUAGCUUAGAGGCAUAACUGUUUGACAAUUUURUGAUAUAUGCUAGGAUAAUUACACUGACCUUAAUUACACUGAGAAUUAAMUGACAAGAGCAGUUUGACUUGGCACAAACCCCCCAGACUGCUCUCUGAAAGCACCUGGAUAAUGUCAAGGCAGAUGCUAGGGUUCACUUUCGUGGGAAGGUACAAGCUAAUAGAAUUUUUAUAAGGUCUUCUCUACCAAAUUUWAAAAAAUUAAAUUAAAUUGUAACAUCGGUAAGCUAAAGAAAAUUUUACCUGGGUGGAAUUGCUUAUGAUAAAGAACCAUACUUAUGUGUCCUGAACUAAAUUAAAUGCAGCUCAAUCAUGUGGCCGGCAAGCUCUAGGCUUGUACAUCACUACAGCAUUUAUUAGAUUGCUGUUUCCUUUUUAAGAUCUCRGUACUUGUGAAGUUCUGUAGCGAUCUACAUCCAGUAGUACAUCAAGCAAUSGAACUUUACAUUAAUCUUAAUGCAUUUAACAGGUGUACUUCAGUAUGGUAUGUUGCUACUACUUGCUUGGGAAUGCAUUUUCUUGUAAAUAGAUAAAGCAUGCAAAAAAUCCUUUCAAAAUGCAUAAUUUAAGAUGCAAUUCUGACGACAUAUAGAAAGGUUAGCAAGAACCUUCCAAUGGCUGCCAAUCAUUAGUGCACUUUUUCUAAUCUAUUUAUAGUUUCUUAAUGACAAAAAAAAUACACCAGCUGUAAAAUUGUGAUGUGACUUGAUAUUUAUCAGUUUAUCUGUGGAGCUUUUUCCAUGGUCAAUGUUACUUGAAGCUCUUGAACAUCUCUCAAAUGUUAUGAAUUGCUGGCUAAUUCCUUUUGCCUUGAAAAGUGACAGUUUUCUCAUAGAUGUAUACAUUUGGUAAGAGGUCAUAAAUAUAAAACAGUCUUUAAAGUAUCAGAAGACAUAUAAUCUAUUUUGGGCAUCAGUAUUAUUCAAAAGCAUUUUUCUUCUAGCGCUUUCAGACAAAGCAAGUAGCACAAUUUGCUUUAGACUAAUUUUCUAUUGCUUUAAAUUGGAUUUGUUUAAUAGCAGUGAUUUUUUUAUGUACUUAUGUGCUUUUACCCUUAAAAACAAAAAAAGUGGCUAUUAAGUACAAUUAAUGUUUUGUAAAUCAGUACAUUUUGCAAUUAAUGUAAAUUGAUAGCGUAUUUCUCCUGCUGUAAUUUAAAUGUAUGAGCAAUAUCUGGUUAACAGCAUAUGAAUUAAGUUUGUGGAUUCUUAUAAAGCAGACUGCCCGUCUGAAUAUUAUUUGCCCAUAUUUUAAGGAUAGUGUGAAAAUCCCCAUGUGAAGCACUAUUACUCUGCCACUAUGCAAACCGUUCAUACUUGGUAUACAUCAGAUAGUUUAUGUAAGAAGCUAGAAUUUACAGUAGCUACUCAGUGUGCUUUGUUGUAUCGGUUGUUCUGGAGAUUAUCAACUUGCACUUACCUGUACAGUGCCAAGAGGAGUAAGAGCGUCAUCCUUGCUUAAGAUGCUCCUGUAAUAUAAUAGAUUAAAUAUGUGCAAACCAAGCCAUUUCUUGGGCAAUUUCCUGAGUUUUGUUAACAGAUACUUUAAAGUAACUACAGUAAAAGCAAUUAUCCGUGAUGUGUUAAUGUAACGGCCGUGCAUUURUAGAGCUGUGUAAGGACAGGCAACGACCUUAAUUGCAGUCUCUCACCAAUGGGGUGGAUAUUUGUAUAGUGGGCAAGUGUAACUGUUGCUACUGUUACUACACAUAUUAUUCUAAAGAUUAUUAUUACUAUUAUUUUUGUAUCUUAGUCAAUGUAAUAGAAAUUUAUUAGAUAUAUGGUGACAGCUACUUUAAAUAAUUUUUGUUAUUUGCUUAUAUGUGUAUUUAUUAGGAUGUAACAUUUAGCAUGUGUCAGUGUUGUGUUGGAUCAUGUUCCCCUAYAGUGUUUGACCAACAGUGAAUGCUUUGGUGUUUUGUACAAUGCAUUAUUUGAUCUUAAAUUCCCUUCCAUAAACAGUGCUUGAAAUUUGUUUUGCUUUUCUUUUACAAAAUAAUUAACAGUGGUACUCAGAAGACCUGUAGCUCCCACACACUACUUCGGAAUGUGGUUAAAAACUAAACAUUAAAAAUACCAUUAGUUUCAAGGUUCUUCUAAGCACAUUUUAUAAUCUUUGCUUUGACACCUGGGAUUCAAAUUGACUGCUAUUUCCAGAGCAGCUUAGUUAUUAACAAGGCUGUUUUAUUCACUCAUUCAUUCUUCAAUAAAACACAUGCAGUAC